GGAUAUGAAACAUUUAAAUAUCAUCUACUUCAGAAUGCCACAAGAGAGCUUUUUCUUGAUUUUAUAAUAUGUAAAAAUAGGAAACGCUUGUUGAAUGAGAAUGGCAUGUUAUCCAGACGAGCCUAGGCGAAGGUGACUCAUUUAGACGGCUGACUCCUUUUCAAUGGAAAAAAUAACCAAAGCAACCUGGGAAAACGCUGGAGUUGAAGCAAGCUUCAAUGCUUCCAAGACCAUCAUCAUGGUGAUGGAUAAGCAUUUAAGUAUAUUAGCAAAGCAGCACAUUGAGACGCGUUUCGUAAAAAUUCAAGCUGAGAAAAGUCCAUUCUUGGCCGAGAAGCUUAAGAUUGUUGUACUUCCCACCCUUGCCUUGGUAAAUAAUGCCAAAGUGGAUGAUUAUGUGGUAGGAUUUGAUGAGCUUGGUGGGACAGAUGAUUUCAGCACAGGGGAACUGGAAGAGAGGUUGGCUAAAGCUCAAGUCAUCAUUUUUGAGGGUGAAUCAUCUCUAAACCCAACGAAAUCUCGCGUUCAAACCAGGGGUGUCCGGCAAAGCACACACUCGUCGGAUUCAGAAUAG